CCGAUCGAUGCCCAUCGUCGCGUGGAUGGAUGGAGAAAUAUGCAUCACAGACGGGGUGUGUGUGUGUGUGUGUGUAUAUCAAGUGAAUGAAUGGACCUCUAUCUGUCUCCAUGCUCGAACGAUUUCGGUGCCAUGCAUGUAGCGUACGUAUCCCGAGAGGCACUCUCUCCGUCCGUCCAUUCACUUGUGCGAGUCAGACAGUCAGUCAGUCAGUCACAUCCAUCGGCACGCCAUCGCAACACGCACUCCGGUUGGCAUGGUUGGACGCGUCUGAAGGUCAUGCCGUCUCUGCCCCGUCAUGCCAUCUCUGCCCCGUAUCGGGCAUUCUGCCUAUGCCUGCUCGUGCCGUCUCUGCCCCAUGUCGGGCAUUCUGCCUAUGCCUGCUCGGGCCGUCCCGGGCAGAAAUGUGCGGCGACGGAUCCUCCGAGAGAAGCGGCGAGGCGAGGGAGGACUGGGAUUCGCUAUAUGCCAAGCUGGACCGACUCUCACUGCUGCUGCUAUUGCUGGACGAGACUGAGGAGUCUUGGGAGGGGCGAGUUGGGAUGCUUUGGCGCGUGUGGGUGAUGCAGUGGGUGUCUGGAAGGACGAGGCGGAGGGGCUGGCGCCUGCCGAUAUCGGCUGGCCGCUCAAUUGCUCCUUUUCGAAACCUGACAAGAGAGAGAACAAAACUUUGUGGGUUUUUGCCUUUGCUGAGGGCAUCGCAUCGACGGGCCAGACGUCUGCUUACGUAUCAAGAGGUUCUUCAGUUGGUCCGGUGUCGUCUGACUUGCGACGUACAGGGCGUCAGAGCACAACUGGGACAUCUGCAAUGCAAUCAGCACAGACAGCAACAGAGAGCGCCGCAUUGCAUUGCAGCCAUCAUAAGUAACCAAUACGUCUUGUUUGAUCGCUUGCAAUGCCAUCCCGUGUCAGUGCGUGUUGAAUGUUCUUACCUCCAUGUCACACUGGCUCCGAGUGGAGAAGUCUGCUCUUCUCGAGCGAUCCCAUGGCUGGAAUAGGGGAGAUACUGUCUCUUUUGUGAGGCAAUCGGGUGGUGAAUCACUGAUGCACACAGGGAAGGCCGCGCGCACAAGAGACGCCGAG